AUGCCCAUGGACGACAACGGAGUGACGCCGCUGGCGGCCAAGUUCUCCGUCUUUUCCUCGGCCUCGCCCAUCAGCGCAGAACUUGAUGUGGCCUCGCUCGAGAUUGCGGCAAAGGUUCUUGGAAUCAUUGAUCGCUAUCGCUUGCGCAGAGCCUCUGAUGCCACUACCAAGGCCGACGAAGGCGCGCUCAAGUUCCUCGCCCUCAUUUACACCCACGUCAAGGCCAGAGAGGUGAUUCCCAUGUGCCUUCCGGCCUUUCCCUUCAAAUCCCCCAACUCAGUCUCCAAAGUUCUUGGAAAACUACCCGACCGUGCCGAGGAUCUAGCACUGUCCCACCUGAACGGCCUUUGCUCUUCUAUUGAGCGAGUUUAUGCUCCUGGUGCGAAGCUCACAAUCAUCUCAGACGGCCUGGUAUAUAAUGACUUGUUGGGAGUGGCGGACAAAGAUGUCUGGGCAUACGGAGAGGGCUUGCGCCAACUCGCUCUGAGCCAGGAGUACACCAACAUUACGUUUUGUCGGUUGCGUGAUCUCGUUUCUCUCGAUCUCCCAGAUGAGCUUGAUGAAAUCACCUACGUGUCAAACGCCACCAACUUCCGUCGCGCGUUGCUAAACAGAUUCAGUCGCCCUGACUGGAACUGGAAAGAGGUCAGCCAGAGUGAGGACGUUUGCCUGACAUAUCGAGGGUACAUCAAGUUCCUCGAAACCGAUUUGGCACACGUUUAUCCUGUUGGCGAGUCCCGCUCCAAGACCAAGUUCAAGCGUGGUAUCGAGACCAUCGCUCGGGAGAUGAUGGCUCGUGGCGAGGCCUUCGCCAAUGCGGUUCGCAAACGGUACAGCGAUUAUGUCCGCCUGUCUAUUCACCCCUCCACCGGCGCUACCAAGCUCUCCAUCAGCCUUCUGCCGACGACCUCCAUGUACACCACGCCCUGGCAUUGCAGUGUUGCGUACAAGAUUGACGGAACUAUCGAGACCGGAAUGCGCUCCGAGUUGGAAAAGGACGACAAGCUUGAAUUGGUAUACGAGGAUGGCCGACCAAGCUAUUUCAGAGAAAAGUCGCCUCUCUUUUCUUGGGGAGAGGACAAGGGCGGGAUUGACUGCAAGCCCAUAUAUCCUUCGGGCUGGUUGAUCACGCCCAAGAAAGGGAAAAAGGCGCUCACCAUCCGUGAUGUCGACGCCAGCAAGGUUCGAUCACUUGCCGAGCACAACUCGCCAAUCGUCAUUCGAGGCUUCGCACAGACCAUCGACCGCGAAAGAUAUGUUGAAAAGGCCCAUGAGUUCGGCACACCGCUCCCGUGGAAGUUUGGGUUGAUCCUCGAGGUCAAGGACCAGGGCACCAACACGGCUGGCCUGAACAACGUUUUGUCGGCCGAGUGGAUGCCCUUCCACUACGACGGACUCUUCAAGACUGUCAAGCAGACCAACGAGCAGGGCGAGGAGGUGCUGGUUUCGACUCCGCCAAAGUUCCAGUUCUUCAUCGGCGCAAGCGCUUCGCCGAAAGAUACUGGAUUCACACUCUUCUCCUCGUCUACCCAGUUCUUCAAGUACCUACCCUCGUGGGUCGAUGUCGAGGACCUGAAGAAGAGGACCUGGUCCGUGUCGACGUCGUCCUUUGAUCAGACCAUCAUGAAGGGAAUCCCGUUGAUUACCUCACAUCCCUCGACAGGCAAGCCAUGCUUGCGAUACCACGAGCCGUGGCCCGAGACCAAGACCAAGUUUGACGCGACCAGCGUGACCAUUGAGGGUAUGACUGCGGAGGAAAGCGCAAAGCUGUGCGAGGCGAUUGACGAGACUCUGCAUGACCGCCGCGUUGCCCUAUAUCACUCGUGGGAGAAGGGCGACAUGGUCAUCAGCGACAACAUCUUGAUGAUGCACACUCGCAGUGACUUUACGGCUGGCUGCGAUCGUGAAUUGUGGCGCAUCCACUUUGACUAG